AUGAGCGUUUAUCCUGUGAUGCUGCGACCUGAGGGUGGCUCUUCUAUAGUUGCAUUCGGCACCACAGGAAUCGUCUGCAGGAAUUCUCGUCGCCCAGAGCAAGUUUUGAAAGCUCCACUCCUACACAAGGUUGAAGGUUGCAGUGCAGAUAUUAUUGAAACAACAAAGCAUCGAGAUGAAUUUGCCAGAUCGUGUUUUGAGCGUGAAAAGAUUAUCUACGGAAUACUCCCGAAGCACCCGAACAUCCUCGAUUGCAUUGAAAUUACGGACCACUGCAUCAGCUUUCCUUUUAUGCGACUCGGCAAUCUGCGCGAAUAUCUUCAAAGCCACAAUCAAAAAAUUUCAAGUCAAACUCGGGGACAGUGGGUUGAGAUGGCCGUUACCGCGAUCUCGCUGGUCCAUAGCUUUGGUGUUGUCCACGCCGAUAUCAGCGCCCGAAACUUCCUGGUUGCUGAUGACUUAUCGCUCAAACUUUGCGAUUUUUCUGGCUCGGCUAUCGGUGAAAAUGGAUCUCUAGUGGAGGAAGAAGACCGAUAUCGAAUCACGCCUGAUUGUCCCCGAUCCAAAACAACAGAUAUUUUCGCCUUAGGUUGUUUGAUAUACGAGAUUUCGAACGGUUUGCGCCCCUACGAUGACAUUGAUGAUGACGAUUGCGAAGAGAUUGAAAAUCGCUAUUCUAUUGGACAAUUUCCAUGUCUUGAUGGACUUCCUCACCGAGAAAUAAUACACAAGUGCUGGACUUGUGUAUACGCCAACGUAGACGAGCUAAAUGAUGAGGUACAAAACAAGAUGAGAGUUGGCCGAUCACUCUUGCCAGCCUUGUUUUCAAGGUCUGUAUCUACAAUAUCAACGCGCCAGUUGUCGUUUGUUACAACAACAAUAUUUGUCAUCGCGAUAAGCAGUAUGCUUUUCUUGUAUCCAAGGCGCGGAUACUGGAGGGCGCAAUGGCUUGGCUGGAUAUUGCGUUGA